AUGGAAGGCCUUGAGGAUACGACACCGACAACGGUUCAUACGAACAUGGCGGUGAACGAACCAGAGCCGGCACCUUCAACGCCAACACCUCCUUCAACUCCAACACCAGUAUCAAACCCGAUGCGAAAACUAAGAUCUUCAGUCUCGGCAGGCGAACCAGAGCCAACACCUUCAACACCUUCAACACCAACACCAGCAUCAAGAUCGAUGCGAAACCCAAAAUCUUCAGUGCCAGAAUCAGCAGUUGCGACAGAAGUUGCAGAUGAAAAGGCUGAUUUGGAGUUGGCAUUGCGAGAAGUGCAGUCGCUAGCCGACCAAGUUGACAACAUUGCCGAAUGUUAUGACUAUGACUAUGGAAUUGAGCUAUGUGACGACUGCCAGCAGAUAGACGUGGAUUUGGCAGAGCAUAUCCGAGAUGUGCGAGAAAGGGUCAGGGAAGAGUUGCUGGUCAUUGAGCAGAAGCUCCGACCUUAUUGUAUGGGAGAUUGA